UAUAUGACCACUAAAUCUAUAUAUAGUACACAUCUCCCUCCAUAUCUCCCCCCAACCUCUCUCUCUCUCAACUCAAUUCUCUCUCCCUCUAGAUUGAUUAUUACAUAAACAUCACCAUGUUUGCAGCUAAUGAUCAAAUGCUGCAGUACCCUUCCAGACCAUUGAUGAUAGAAAGAAGCUGGAAGUCCUGCAAUGCUGCCGAGAUAGCACCAAACUGUCCAAGGUGUGCCUCCACUAACACAAAGUUCUGCUACUACAACAAUUACAGCUUUUCCCAGCCUAGGUACUUCUGCAAAGGCUGCCGCCGUUACUGGACCCGCGGAGGUUCCCUCCGCAACGUUCCCGUAGGCGGCGGCUGCCGCAAGACCCGCCGAGCUAAGGUGGUUCGGUCGUUACAAAAUCAACGACCGACCACCGUCACCUCCGAGUCUGACCCACCACCACCCGUGGCGCUGUCGUGCAGGUCCGGUGGUGGUGGAUCAGACAUCGAUCUUGCCGAGGUUUUCGCCAAGUUCUUGAAUCAGAAUAAUCCAACUCGAGAAGAUGAUCGGAAUCAACAAAACCAGCAAUUAAUGCAAGAUGUUGUAGUGAAUCAACAAAAAGAGCAAUUGAGUCAGGAAUUUGGGGUGGGUAGUGAGUUGGGUUCUGUGGGUUUGCAAACCAUGGUUAGUGAUCUUGAGUUAAAUCAAGGGCUUCUUCAAUGGUGUGAUGAUCAGACAAUUUUGCCAGGGUUUGAAUGGCAACCAAUGGUGGAUUUGCAAGAGUUUGGAUCGUUUUCAUCGGAUGAUGAUCAGCCUGAGAUUUCUGCAAACUUAAUUAGCGAUAAUUGGAGCAUGUUCGAUUUAUCAGAAUAUAUAUGAGAAUUUUUCUAGUCCCUGAAACCAGAUUUAAACGUUUCUUAAUUACUAAUUUCUUCAGAAUUUUUUUUUUUUUUUAAAUUUUAGUUUCGUAUGUUCGAAUUAACUGUUUCAUGAAAUUGAAAGAGAUUUGUGACAUUAUACCCAAAUCAAAUUAUUACAACAUUAUUUCUUGUGA